AUGGUUCAGCGGCUGCUUAAACGGUUUCCGGAUCUGCUGGAAAAUGUCGACCCGUGUAAUGGAUGGAGCUCGCUUCAUUACGCCAGUUAUGACGGUCAUUAUGGCAUUUGUGUGUUUCUGGUUCAACAGGGUCAUGAUCGAGAUGAGAUUUCUUUGGCUCAUGACCGGUCUACUCCGCUACAUUUGGCGUCUUCGCAGAAUCACGAACAGACCGUCCAUUUUUUGGCCCAACAUAUCCCCAGAUGCCUGGAUUGGGUCAACGUGGAUCACGAGACUGCUCUCAUGGUAGCGGCCAGAAAGGGCCAUGAUCCAUGUAUAAAUUUACUUCUGGAUUUUGGUGCUGAUAUCGAUAUCGGCAAUCGAGACAAGAAUCGACCUCUUCAUAUUGCAGCAGCGUACGGACAUCUCAAGACAAUGAGGACAUUAGUAGAUCGAGGGGCCGAUUUUCAGACCCCAAAUGCCGAGGGUUGGAGGCCUGUACAGUACUGUUCGACGUAUCAAGUACAAGACUAUCUUCAAUCUCUGAUUCACGAAAAAAUGGAGUCGUCACGACGAAAACUGGCGGCUCCGCCUCCUCCGCCAAUAUCCACAUCGAAUCUGGUGGGAAGUUCGUCGCCGAGCUCGAAAAUGAGCUCUGCUUCUUCUACAACAUUGCCGUUGGCAAUCAGAUUAGACACUUCUUCAGUGACGAAUGGAUCAAAUAUUGCAGCAUCAAAAGUAUCGCCCAACUCAUCCAAUGUUCCUUCGUCGUUGCCAAGACAGUAUGUGGCAUUCCAAACGAGAACGUCUCCUAAAAGAGCUCCUGUAGGAAGCAGAGACAGUAGUCUGACUGCAAGCUCCAGCUCUUCAGUACAUGCUACGAAUCUAUCGAAUUACCAUACAAAUGGGACCACUACUGGAUCUACCAGUGGUACUACUAACAGCGUGAAUGCUGCCAGCACUAACACUAUUAGCAAUAGUAGCACUGGUAAUACUGGUAUCGCCAAUAGCACCAGUAACAAUGCCAAUGGUUCCAAUGGUGCUAGUAGUGGUGAUCACGGUGCAAAUAGUGCCAACAGUGUGAACAGUAGUAACGGUUCUAACGGUUCUAACAGCACUGCUGGUGCUAAUAGUUCAUAUACCACCAACAGUGUCUACAACACUGGUAGUGGCUAUAUUUCCAACACCAAUGGUCCUAAGACCACAAACAACGCUGGAAGUAAUGCCACUAGCCUUCAGACCAGUAAUUACAACUUUUCCAACAGCGCUGUCGCUUCUAACUACAACAUCAACGGCAGUAACAGCAUCAUCACCACCAACCCCAACGGCUCGAGUGGUCCCAAUACAACCUACAAUGGAGGUCCUGGUCUGUUCACGAGUGUCACUUCUAUCUCAAAUUCCGGUUUUGGGUCUGGUUCGGCACCAUUAGCACCCAUAUCCAAUCCAAUUCCUGCUGGAGCCACUGGUCCUGCUGCUUCUACUAUCUCUGUAGCAUCUACCAACUCUACAGCUUCGACUGUUUCCAGUGCAUCGACCAAGUCAAACAAUACAUUUUCUGGUCCUUCUGGCCCUGCUAUACCCUAUUCAACAACGUCCAUGCUCCCAUUUGCCCCAUCAUCUCUAGUUCCUGGAUCCAAUCCCCCAUCAACCUCAGCGGCACCUGCUGCAAAAGGAGACGGUCCAUUUCCACGAAAACGAGUUCCUCCUCCGAAUCUGAAAUCCGGUCCUGGACUCACUCUCGAACUCGAUAAACCACUACCAAUAUUUACCUCUGCCGACCCAUACUCACCAUCUGGCGGCUCAUCCAGCAGCAACCCCAACUCUCCCAUAGGCCCUAUCGGCCCCAUCCCGUUCUCACUGCCACCACCCAAUCGACCGCCUCCAAACUCCGGCAAUAUUGAAAACGCCGUCCCACCAGGAACUCUCGCCUCCCCGGUCAUGCCAUUCGCGUCCCCCAAAACGCCCACCCUCCCCAUGCCCAAUUUCGCUCGCUCCAGUCGCAACUCGAGCCCCUCCCCACAAACCUCCCCUUCCCCCUACACCAACCCCGCAUCCUCCGCUACCCCCGGCAGCGGAGUCCGCACCCCGGGCCGCUCUCGCCUGCUCGACAUCUCCGUCUCCAACGUCCACAAGCAUUAA